AUCUCCCAGUGAGUUGUGUUGGUCCCCUCCCUCUUGAACCAGUAUUUCUUGGACCACUGAACCAUCCUUCCGGGCGCGCGUGCUCUCCUAGGUCAGGCUGCGAUCAUUUUCACUUUGGGCCUGUUUCCUACCUAAGAGGCGUCCUCCCUAGUUCUUCCCGCUCCCCGCCUUCAUUUCAGACGUCCAGCUCAGCUGCCCACAGUGCGGCCCAUACUCAACAGCCAGGUCUCCACAAAGCCGCGGACGUUGCUUCACGAAGCCCACCAUCUUUAUCUGAAGAAGGGGUGAUAUGAUAGUACACACCUCCUGGGUCCAGGGGUUAAGGGCAGGAAGUAGCACGCAGAUCCCGGGGACACAGCUCUGUGGCAGGAGAAGCAGGAUUUUAGGUUCAUUUCCUGGCAGCGCAAAAAUAAAUUCGGAGAAAGCUGUACCGAGCAGUGGAGGUCCUGCGCUGUCGGUCCAGACGGACUGGAGGGGCUUCUGUAGCCUGGGGCUCAGAGCUCACCUCGUGGCCCGGCCCCGCCCUCACCUUUUGUGACGUAGCAGCCGCGCCUCCUGCCUUCGCGCUUGCAGCCCGAGACCCACGCUUGGCCCGUUGGAGGUCGCUUUGUUGUGAAAACGCGGGUGGAUCUUCCCAGGCCAUGAUGAAACUAGCUGCUGGCUUCCUUCUGAUGCUUCUGGAAGUGCUGCUCCUGCCUGAAACACCUAUUUCAGCCGAGGAACCUCCACCCACCACUCCAGGCAGCCCUCUCUCAUCCACUGAAUAUGAACGCUUCUUCGCCCUGCUGACCCCGACCUGGAAGGCAGAGACCACAUGCCGCCUCCGCGCUACCCAUGGCUGCCGAAACCCCACGCUGGUUCAGUUGGAUCAGUAUGAAAACCACGGAUUGGUACCAGAUGGUGCUGUCUGCUCUGAUCUGCCAUAUGCUUCCUGGUUUGAGUCCUUCUGCCAGUUCACUCAGUAUCGUUGCGCCAACCAUGUCUACUAUGCCAAGAGGAUCCGGUGCUCCCAGCCAGUCUCCAUCCUGUCCCCCAACUCGCUCAAGGAGGCCGAGCCCUCAGCAGAAGCUCCUCCCAUGUCCGUGACCACCUCCAUUUCAUCCCAUGCCACAGCCACAGAGCGCCAGGCCUUCCAGCCCUGGCCCGAGCGGCUCAACAACAACGUGGAGGAACUCCUCCAGUCGUCCUUGUCUCUGGGGGGCAAGGAGCAGCAGGGCGGUCGGAGGACAGGCCAGGAGCAGCGCAAGCAGGAGCAGAUGCAAGAACAUAAGCUAGAAGAAGCACAGGAGCAGGAAGAGGAGGAAGAGGAGGAGGAGGAGGAAGCGAAGCAGGAAGAGGGGCAGGGGACAGAGGAGAGUAUGGAGUCGGUGUCCAGGCUGCAGGCAGUCUCGGAGCCCAAGUUCCAAUCCCAGUCACUGUCUUCCAACCCCUCCUUCUUCACUCCCCGGGUCCGGGAGGUGGAGUCUGCUCCGUUGAUGAUGGAGAAUAUCCAGGAGCUCAUUCGGUCCGCCCAAGAGAUGGAUGACAACGAACUGUACGAUGACUCGUGGAGAAGCCGAAGCUCUGGCAGCCUCCAGCAGCUGCCCCACACGGAGAGCCUGAUGGUGCUAUGCUAUUCCAUUAUGGAGAAUACCUGCACCAUGACUCCCACAGCCAAGGCCUGGAGCUACAUGGAGGAGGAGAUCCUUGGCUUCGGGGAUUCGGUCUGUGACAACCUCGGCCGGCGACACACAGCUGCCUGUCCCCUCUGUGCAUUCUGCUCCCUGAAGCUGGAGCAGUGCCACAGCGAAGCCAGUGUGCUGCGCCAGCAGUGCGGCGCCUCCCACAAGAUACCCUUCAUCAGCCCCCUGCUGUCAGCCCAGAGCAUCUCCACGGGCAACCAGGCGAGGGUCCCAAAUAGAGGUCGCUACGCUGGCCUAGAAAUGUACGGAGGGCUCAGCGCAGAGUUCUGGUGUAACCGGCUCGCCAUGAAGGGCUGUGAAGAUGACCGCGUCUCCAACUGGCUCAAGGCUGAGUUCCUCAGCUUCCAGGAUGGGGAUCUCCCCACGAAGAUUUGUGACACAAACUAUGUCCAGUACCCAAACUACUGUUCCUUCAAAAGCCAACAGUGCCUGUUGAAAAACCAGAACAGAAAGAUGUCCCGCAUGAGGUGUAUGCUGAACGAGAAGUACAACGUGCUGAGCCCGGCUAAGAGCGAGGAGGUGAUACUUCGAUGGAGUCAAGAGUUUAACACUUUGGCUAUAGGCCAGUUUGGAUGAACUGAGGUCUGUGCUGCCUCACCCCAGCCCUACCUGUCCGCUUUCUCCAUCGCUCGCAGACUACCUCUGUCAGUUGGCUUCCAGGCGCCCCUCACGGGCCUCCUACCCGGCCCUUCCUUGCAUUUUCUUUGGGUUGGGAGAACAGUCCCAGAGAGGUGCAUGAUGGGAGCUCCGCAUGCCUUGAAGAAUA